AUGUAUUGUUGGUUGUUUGUAGUUGGAUUUCUGCCCAAACAAGCCGGAUCAAGGAAGGAGAGGUUGAUUGUAUCUGCAAAGGAAGUAGCAACACAGAUAUUCUAUGUUCUUCCUCAUAAGCUUCAUCAAUUUAUUGAAGAGGCUUCUUCUAUUUUUGGUGGCUGUAGACAAUGUGCCAUAGCUCGAGAGAUGACAAAAAUACAUGAAGAGUUUUGGUGUGGAACUUUGGAAGAAGCCAAAGGAGCAUUCUUGACUCGCCAACCAAAAGGAGAAAUCACAUUCUUGAUUGAAGGAAAGGCAAAUUGUGUGGUGGAAGCUCCAUCCGAGUCUCAGCUUGAGAAUGAACUGAGAGAGUUGAUCUCUGGAGGGCAAUGUCUUUCUUCGGCAGUCAAGUUGGUUGCUGGAGGAUAUUCCAUGCGAAGAAAAGAGAUAUAUUCACUUGCACUAAGGAAAUUUGGGAAGCAGGUUAACAAGGAGAACUGAUGCAGAUUAUAUGGUUAAAUUGGAGGGAGACAUUGACCAAGGUGUGGAAUACUACAAGAAGGCUCUGUAUUAUAAUUGGCACUAUGCUGAUGCCAUGUAUAAUCUAGGCGUUGCAUAUGGGGAAAUGCUGAAGUUUGACAUGGCAAUUGUGUUUUAUGAACUUGCUUUCCACUUCAAUCCUCAUUGUGCAGAGGCAUGCAACAAUUUAGGAGUGAUAUACAAAGACCGUGACAACCUUGAUAGAGCUGUGGAGUGUUAUCAGGCAAAA